AACCAUUAAUCAACGCGAGAUGCAGUUGAAUAGGCUCCGCCCAACCACACACCCGUUUUCUGGCCUCUCACACUUGUUGGAGUUUAAAUUAAAUACCUCUAUCAUUUGGGACUUAUUUCAGUGCAACUUUUGAUGCGACAAAAAGCCCCUGCAGCGCAGAUCUUGCGACUUACAAAAUGGCUCAAUCCAAGAAUGCUGACAACAAGGAGUCUAUCGACUUACCAACUCAAAUCAUUUACGAGGGAAGUUGCCACUGUAAGGCAGCGAGUUUCUCUGUGAAACUGCCAUCUCUGUUAUCACAAUUGACGGUGAUAUCUUGUAACUGUAGCUAUUGUCACAUUGCAGGCAGUCUGCUCACGUUCGUGGGUGAUGUUGAGAUCUAUCAAGGAGCAAGUUCACUUAAGGAAUAUCGGUUCGGUUCGCAUUCUAUACAGAUCUUCUUUUGCGGGACCUGUGGGGCCAAUGUAUACAACAAAUCGCUAAACCCGAAGUUUAGAUAUGGCGAGCACGCUGUUAAUGUGCGCCUAUUACACGGUAUUGAUUUGGAGACCAUAGAGAUUACCAAGGCUGAUGGGAAGAGAGUACAAUUACCUCCGUUAGGAGAGGGACCGCUCUAAGGCCCGCGAAUAUACUCCACGAGCAGGGAAAAAAUAUACGCGAGAGACAGUUCAAAUUCCAGUGAGAACGACUACUUAAAUCUCGUCUAUGUUCUGAUUGACUUGUCGUGUUUCCUUUCUUUGAACGAUCAAUGUUUUAUUCUUUUGCUCACCCCUAUCCUAUGUAGUGAUCUGAUGAUAUUAUUUUCGAGGCGGUUUAGACUAAUGUAGCAAGCUGCAGGUGCGUAUCUCUC